CCAGAGUGCUUCACACAGGAUGCAGAACAUGGAGCAGUCGAGCGAUCUCUGAGAAGCCCCCCAGCCGUCAGUCUUUCUGUCCAAGGAAAACCAUAGCCAUCUGCAUCCCCCGUAGGCGACGAGGAAAAGCAAUGGCGGAGGUGAACUUGAGCGACGAUGAAGGGGAGCUGACCAUCAGCCAGCUGCAGCACAAGGUGCGGGCUUUGCAAAGCGACCGGCACAAGAGACGGGAGUUCGCCGAGCGGUUGCAAGAAAAGAUGAAGGCCCUCAACUCAGAGCUGGCGGCGAGGAGGGAGCAGGUGGACACACUCAAUGAGAUGCUCAGCUUCGAACGGAGGCGCGGACACGACGAGGUAAUUAAAGCAACCGUCGGUCCGCCCGCACACACACACACACACACACACAGAGAGAGAGAGAGAGAGAGAGAGGUGUGCCGAUUUGGCGCAUGUACACAUGCAUUCGGAUCAUUGCAUGCAGGCGACGGUUGAGAGGAUGGAGCACGAGAAGCGGCUAGCAGAGCAGGACGAGCGCAUCCGUGAGAUCCUGGAAGAGGUGCUCUUCUCGAAUGUGCCGCAGGGCAUGGCCAAGUCGACCCGCGGCGGGCUGCUGCCCACCAACGUCGACGAGACCCAACUCAUGGUCAAAGGGUGGGCGGGGCGCAGAAGAGACGCACCUCCAGGGGAAGAGGAUGAGCAGCUCGCGGUUGACACGGUGCUUAUCACCUAUGUCCCGGAGAACAGCGACCUGCGCUUCAACCUCACUUAUCGCAUCGAUCCGACCACAAGACUCCAUGACCUCAGAAUAGGUACGUCCACAUAUUCCGUUUGACUGUCUGUCUGCCCGUGGUGUGUGCAGAUGCGUGCAAAUAUUGGGGGAUCAGUGAGGUGGAUUAUGUUUUGAAGAACGAGGCCAACUCGAAGGCGCCCGACUCGGGCGCCGUCUCGUCUUUCUUCCGCGACGCAGAGAUGGCCCGGCUCUACCUGGUCAAAAAGGACACACAGCAGACCAAGCUCAGCGAGGCCGAGCAGAAGGCCGUACAGAUACGCAGGGGGGGCAGAAUCGGUCUCGGCUUGGCCACAGAGAGGGGCGGACAGGGAGGUGGGGAGGGAGACAAGAAGCGCGGCAUGGGUGUGACGAUGCUGGGCUCGACGAUGCUGGGCUCCACUGGCCCAGCGCCGAGCAGCAUCGACUACCACGAGGUGGCGAAGCAGUUCCCCGGGCUGCUGCAGGUGCUCAAGGUGCACGAUAUGGGCCCCUCCUACCACCUGGAGAAGAUCACACCCCCAGACAUAUGCGCUGUGCUUGCCUUGCUCACCAUCUGCCUCGUUCUUUUCAUCAUGCAAAAUCCUCCAGGUAGGUAUUCGAAAAUUGAGAGACCACGAGAGAGAGAAAGAGAGAGAGAGAGAGACAUGGCCACGUAUACUGUUUGUUUGCUUGUCUGAUGCAGGUGCGUCGUUUUGGUUGCUGUCUGGUAUGAGUGCCACCUUGCUGGAGCCGCGGUACGAGUCGGAGCUGGACAGCUGGACGCCCUCGUUCAGGUCCAUCGGCCGCGGGGGGGAUGCACUGCGGUGGCUCAACCAGUCACUGGCAUACGCCCUCUUCGACGAUACAUCUGACUUCAGACGGUCAGUCAGUUUGACCAAUGUGGGGUCUCUCGGAGGCAAUCAGGUAGGUGCCUAUGUCCGUGUGCAGUUUCAAUUCAGCUCCUGGAUUCUUGAGACUGAGGCAGCAGCGGGUGAGCAGGCAAGGCAAGGGACAUCCACACACAGAGGCCGACAAGAAUGCUAGUCUGUGUGCGGGCCUGUACGUGUAGGUGAAGUCUGAAUCGUGCGAGCGCACCGACAUGGAGCCCGUUGUGGCUGCUGACGGUAUGCCUGCAUAAACAUUGGAGAGGAUUCUCUUCCCUUCUUCCGUCUCUUCACCUGUUUGCCUUUGUUUGGCAGGAUGUUAUCCCGCCCUGGUAUCAUCGGCCACCCGGGAGACGGCAGACAUAUCGUCCGUCGCUGGUGUGCCAGUACAGCCACGAUGCGUCCUCUCCACUGGCACUCAAAUCGACUGCGGAGACCCUGCAACAUUUGUCGACGCAAAGGUAGUAGAAAUAGACGAAGACACAGAGAUGAGUGAGUGUCUCUCUCUCUUCCUCUCUCCCUUAUGCGCGUGUGCCGACCAUCAGGCCAAUUCCAAGGACCAUCGUGUGUCGUCCUUGCAGGGUCGUGUGCAGCGAUAUGACGCGAGCGGGUACCAGACGGACGUGCCGAUCAUCGUUGGCGACACGGACACGUCCUCCACUCCUGCAGACUUCACACAGUGAGUGGCUCACAUGUAGUCAUCAAGCGUUGGUUUCAUUUGUGUGUGGUGGAGUAUAAAUAUCCUCGCAGGCAUCUGACGAACCUAGUGGAUGCCAAGUGGGUCGACGUGUCCACACGGAUGCUGCUGGCGGAGUUCUCCGCCUACAAUGGCAACUUCGACAGAUGGUGCGUGCAGUGCAGUGCAGUGCAGACCUGCCUGCGUGACCCAAGACACACAACAACCACAUCUGCAUAUCUCUGUGUGCGUGUUCCAUGUGUUUGUGUGCGUGUGCAGGCUGUCAUUUCAGUUUCUGUUUGAGCUGUCACCGUCGCACUCCGCCCUGCCCACAGCACGCAUAUUCCCACUCAGAGUAAAGCAAUGCGACACAAACACAAUGAUCCACAUGUGGAUCAUUCCUCGAUGAUGGUUGGCAGUUGCACACGGCGGAGACGUACAGUGAGAAUUUCAUCAUGUUCAUGGACUACCUGCGGCUGGUGCUGGUGCUCUAUGUGGGCCUCUUCAUGAUACCCAAGGGCGUCAGACACAAACACAGACACAAAAAGGCCGGUGCGUUCAACCUCAACACACUCCCACACAGUCCACCCAUCCAUCGAUUCUCUAUGUGUGUAUGUGGUCGAUCAGGCUACCUGCAUUUCCUCACUGUGGACGGUCUGGUGGACACGGCGACGGUGCUUUUGUUCUUCAUCACGUUCCUCUCCCGGCUGGUGGUCUUUCAGCGCCGGUCGCUCAAGUCGAAAGAAGUCAUCAAACAAAUGAAAGAAUCAUUCCAAAGCUGGUCAAUCAGAAUCCGAGAGUUGGGAGUGUGCGUGUUGAGCGGUGUGUGUGUGUGUGCAGGUCAGAGAUGGGCGCCUUAUAUGAUUCGAUGAACAUCCUGGAGGGCCUCUUGGUGCUCUGUCUGCUCAUACGCAUUGUCACAUUCUUCAGACUCGCGAGACCGGUGUGUGUAUGCAGCGGGUGCCCAUGGACUGCGCGCACACUCCCUGUGUGUCGCUCUCUAUCUCUGUCUGUGUUUAGGUGUAUCUGUUGUGGCGUGUGUUGGGUCGCGCCAUUCCCCAGUACAUCUACUUCGCCUUUGUCUUCCUGCCCGUCUUCAUGGGAUUCGUCUUCGCCGCACACGCCAUUUGGGUACACACAACACACCGUGCGCAGAGGAAAACAGAGAGGCAGCAAAAGGCACACAGUGACAUCCAUCCAUCCAUCCACUCUCUCUCUCUCUCUCUGUCUUAAUGACAGGGUCCUUAUCUCGAGUCCUUCGAGAGUUUUGGUCGAUCGUUCAUCUCACUCAUGAUGUUCCUCAAUGGGUCAGUGAGAGAGAGAGUGAGGGAGAGACGGAUACUGAGAAGGGACCGAACAGGGGAUGUAUCGAUGUGUUUUGUGCCGGUCUGCUGUCUGUCUGGUGUAUUUGUCAGCAAUCUGAAUCUGCGUCCUCUGCAUGAUGUCCAGCAGUACUGGACGGCCGUCUUCGUGGUCAGACACACACACACACACACAGAGACAGAGAGAGAGAGAGAGACUCAAAGAUUGAAAAGGUGACUGUGUGUGUUUUGUGUGCGCAGUUGCUCUUUUUCGUCGUUGUGUCCCUUCUGCUGGUCAAUGUGUUCAUCGCAAUCAUGGUCGACGCACAAUACACAGUCCGCAUCACUGACGGUCAGCCAACCACACAGACAGGCACCCAGCCAUCCAGCCACAUCAUUACAUGGUCCAUUUGUGGGCGUGCAGAUGGUCAGGAGGUGUCCAAGUACCGCUGGGGGGUGAGGGAGUGGAUCAACUGGAUGUUUCCCACCUUCAUCGCGGGUGUCAUGAUCGACUACCUCGCACCCCUCAUCCCCGGCCUGCAGACCGACAAGCAGCCUCCACAUGUGAGGCAGACAGGCAACAGGGCGACACAGAGAGAGGGCGGACACGCAGACACGACAGAGUGGGACAGAGAGGGGGGAGAGGAGGAAUGAAUGACACUACCUACACAUGGGGGGUUGGGGGCCUGUGUGUGUAGUUGGUGUCUUGUGUGUGCGAGCGUUUGUAGUUAGGGCAUAUGUGUGUAUGCGAUGGAUGGUCUGGUGCGACGGUAUGUAUGUGUCUGUCUGGGUGAUAGAUAGCCAGC